UAUAACAGUACGGACAAUAAUUUGAUCACACGAAGGCUUUCCCUAGAAGUGCGUGCCUUAAGUCAAUUCAAACGGACGUUUUAAUCCCACAAAGGUGUAAGUAUUUCACUUGUUUCGGAAUUAUACGAUCGAUCCGGGAUGUGUUUUCUAAUUGCACGUGGUGGUAGUCUCCGCCCAUUCGAAGUGCUGACAGACAGAGAGAACUGUUGGAACUUAUAACGUAGAAUUCAUAUAACAUUACAUUGAAGAGUAGAACAGCGAAAAUCACAGCACAGUAUGAAUGAAAUUUUUAUAUCUAUUGACACUGUUCAGACGGAUAUGUCCAGCAAUUUUAGUGAGACGUCUACUGUGAAUUCUCUCAGACACAUCAAUAACCUCACGACGCUGAAUGUAUCCUCAGCAACAAAUGACUCUCAUUUGAGUAAAAGUGGGAGUCAGUUGUUAUCUGACGAAUCCCUAACGGGGCUGAUGGUUCUGUACAGCCUAACAACUCUACUGUCUAUAACUGGGAAUAUUUUUGUGGUUUUAGUAUUUGUUAAAGGACGACAUUCUAGGACCGACCUUCGCCCAUUUUUGAUCAACUUGGCAGUUGCAGACUUGGUGAUGGCGUUUUUCUGCAUGCCCUUUACUUUUGCAGACACUAUUUUAGGGCACUGGGUUUUCUACAAGCCACUCUGUACUCUAGUGCUUUUUGUUCAACUCUUCGCUGUUGCGGCCAGUGUCUUGACAAAUAUGGCCAUUGGAAUAGACCGUUUCCUAGCCGUAAUAUUCCCUUUAAGAUCCCGGGUAACUUAUUCACGAUCAAAAUACGUUAUAGCUGUGAUAUGGUUCUGUGCUCUAUCAUUAGCAUCCGUGCAGUUUUUUGUCGGCAGGGCACAACAAUACGGGGACAUUUACAAAUGUGAAGAAGUUUGGCCAUCUCAGGAAUCUCGGAAGAUUUAUACUGUGUGUCUGUUUUUGUGUACAUACAUAAUUCCAUUAUUAAUUCUUUCCAUAACGUAUUCGAUAGUAGGGAUUCUUCUUUGGAAAAGGACAGCUCCAGGAAAUAAGGACCAGACACGAGAUUUACAUAGACUGAGAUCGAAAAUCAAGAUUGUUAAGAUGCUGGUGAUAGUGGUGGCAGUAUUCGGGGUCUGCUGGCUUCCUCUCCACGUGUUCGCACUGCUGGUGGACUUUUACGAAGACUUUCUACGGUUUGAGAGUGAACAUGAGCAUAUGGUGGUGCUCAUCAUGUUUCUCUGCGUCCACUGGCUGGCUAUGUCCAACAGCUUUGCAAAUCCAAUCAUAUACGGCUUCACGAAUGAUAAUUUCAGGAAGGACCUGGCCCUGCUGUUUUAUUUGUGGUUCCCCUGUUGCAGCUGUUUGCGAAAAAUGUUACCCAGAACUACAAGUUCCCAGUCGCGUACGAAAGACAGUUUUAUUAUGAGGCAACAGAGCACCAUGAAACGUGGAUACCGAAUAGGAAAUGACUCGAUCUACAACAGACACAACAUGGAUCGAAUUCCGAAAUACACGCCAAUAAAACCCAGUAGUAAAGACAGUGGGUCGGAAUGACAAUUUGCGAUCUAUUAACUCUGGACUCUCUUUGAUUGUUUGCCAUGGGGUUACUUAUCUCGCUUAGGCUCUGCGGAAUCUUGUUAAUUAAUGAGAUACCCCCCAUCGUCACGAAUGACCACUUUCACAUCGUAAGUAAACCCGAUUCACUAAAAUCUCAGAACAUUUGAUUACUAGCAAAGAUAUCUUGCAGAGAGAGAGAGAGAGAGAGAGAGAGAGAGAGAGAGAACUUGAUGACAUAUGAAAUGAUAAAUGUGAGUUACAAUUGAAUAUCAAUAAGACAUCUUAUGUAAGCAGUUGCACGUACAAUGAAAGAAAUAAAGUUUCCAUAAUAGAUGUUUCAUAACUAUUAACAGGUGAAAGUGAUCAGCCAUCAGAAAUCAUCUCUUUGAUGUGGAAGUUUGAAGAUAUACAUCAUCAUUUUCAUAUUCAACGCAAGUUUGUUCUCAUCAUGAUUUCAAAGAACAGUUUAUACAUAAUUAUUACUUUAAUAGUCCCAAUCCGAGGUUAAACGUCACUUGUGUUCAAGUUGUCGUAACUACGGCUUUGUCCUCAUUAAUAAAUAGUGCUAUAGGGUAAUUGUUUGCGUUGAACAUCAGCGUUAAUUUAUUUCAAAGUGCGAAUAUCUGUUGAAAACUAUUGUUGGACGAUACAAAGUUUCUUGGAGCAAAAGUACUAGAUGAUAAAGGAAUACAGUUUGAAAGUAUGAAAAAAAGUCUUUGGGGAGAGAGAGAGAGAGAGAGAUUUUAUCAUCAAGAUAAUUAUAUCGCAAAUUGUGAUGUUAUAAAAAUAAUAGAUACAAAUAUAUUUUAUCAUUCACAAUAGUUAUGAAUAUUAUAUACAUGUACAGCAGCCAUUUGAAAUUAUCACUUUUUAUAUAUAACACAAAAAUUAUUAUGACGUUCAUAUUUUCAUUAAAAAUAUGUCAUAUACUUUUUUCUUUGUAUUGUACAUAUGUUCAUCUAUCAUAUGUUUGUCAGCUGAUUCUGAGAAGAAGUUAACAUUGUUUAUUUGUUUGUGUAUAAAACACAUACAUUGUAUACCAUUCCUAAUGUCUCCCUACAUUUGUAAAUAUUAUUGUAUCAGAAUGAAUAAAGAUUUUACACAUGUCGUCCUCUU